CUUUUUUGGAGUUUAAUUACAAUAGGAGCAAGAAAGGAAUUAGAGAUAUAUAUAGAGAGAGAAAGGGGAGAGAAGGGAAUAGGGCUUAAAUACCCCUUCUGUUUAGGCUGGGCCAAAAGGCCCAAGCCCUUAGAUAGCUGGGGCAAAGAAAAGAGAUCAGUCCCUAUCACUCACGUGACCAAAAUGGAGAAACAGUCUCAGAGGCCCCCACCUUCCGCUUCCUUCAGAGCAAGCUUCCUCAGAGCCCAGGAACCACACCGACCAAAAACUCAACCACCUCCUCGAGUCUCCAGACCCUCCUAUCUUUAAGGAAACCAUCCAAGUUGCCUCCCCUCAGUCCUCACAUCUACCAAUCACUCUUCAUCAAUUUCCCUGUCAAUGGAGGCUCUAGCUUAACCCAGGACCGCCCAGAGGUUUCUGGCUUUUGCACAUGUCUGUUGAAGGUCAUAUUUUCAAAUGAUUAAAUCUAUACUCCUUUGCUACAGCCCUUUCUAAAUCCUGUUAACUUGAGUAUGGUAGAGAUUGGAAUAAUUAAAUUUUGAUCUAGGCUGCAGCCCUUACUCAAUCCUAUUAGGACUGAAUAGGGUGGAGUAUCUCCAUUGUAUCAAUUCUAAAAUCAAUCAAGACUCAAAGAAAUUCCUGUUCUAUGCUUAAGCAUAGGUCAAAGUCCUUUCCAUUGUUCAGCAAAGGGUUUCUGUCCUAAAGUAAUCUGAAGAAGGGAAGAGAAGGAACCUCCCAUGCCAAUGGAGUUCCCAUUCCAAUAGACUAUCAGUAAGAAAUUUUCCAAGUAUGAAAUAUCCCAAUGGUGAAAUUUUCAACAAUUAUAAGUCUAAGGAAAUUUGAGGUUUACAAUCCCCCCUGAUGAUCAUUGGGAGACUAGUCUCCCCAUUGAUCAUUUAACAUAAUCAUUUUGUAGUUCUAAAUUCACUUCUAACUAAAGAUAUACACAAUAUUCAAUUUUCUAGGAGAAAUUAGAAUAGUGAGAGAGGAAAUAGAAAAGAAAAGAAAGCAAAACCAAUGUUUGCUAGGCGCAUUGACAGAAAGCCAAAUUAGGGGCAGUCCCUUUUGGCAUAAAUGUUACAAUAAAUGUUCAAUCAAAAGUUCAGUCCAAUCAAUCACAUCCAAAGUUCAUUCUUGAUCUUCUUGAUGAAGUGUAGGUUUUCGGCAUCUUUCUGCAACAGUUCAUUCUCUGGAUAUAAAAGUUUCAAGCUUCUUUCUUGAAGAUCUUUUCUCAAACAAAAUCAAAGUCUUUGAAUUUUUUAUAACAGUAAAAUCUUAAACAAAAGUCUUGGAUUUUUAUAAAAAUAUAAUCUCAAACAAAAAAAAUUCAAAAAUUCUUAGAUUUUAAAUUAAAAUACAAUACAGAGUAAGCUUUGGUGGGCAGUGCGCGUCCCUGCUGGAGGAAAUGCACACAUCAUUGCCAUCCCUGAUUCAAGAAAGAGAACCUGAUUUGAAAUGCUUACAGCCUUGAGGUAAUGUUGGGGACAAAUCUCUGUUCUUUGUUUUUUUUUAAACCCUCACUUUCCAUCUUAGAAUCACUACUGUGUAUUGGCUCCAAGGCAGAAGAGCAAUAAGGGCUAGGAAAUGGGGAUUAAGUGACUUGCCCAGGGUCACCCAGCUGGGAAGUGUCUGAGGACACAUUUGAACCCAAGACCUCUCAUCUCCGGGCCUGGCUUUCUUUCAAUCCACUGAGCCAAACCUCUGUUCUAUCCUUGCUAGAGCUCAUUGUACAUGGCAAAGGGGACUGGAAGCUCUUUCUGCUCAAGAGGACAGACUCAUCAAACCAUGUUUUGAACAAGGGACCUCAGAAGUCACUGGGUCCAACUCCUUUAUUUUAGAGAUGAGGAAAUGGGGCCCAGGGUGCGAAUGGGCUUUGCCUGAAGUUACAAAGGUGGUAAAUGGCACAGCUAGAAUAUCAACCCAAGCCCUCUGGUUCCAAAUCCAAGUCAUGCCUGCCUGCUUCCAGUGACUCUUUGGGUGUCCAAGGCCCUGGAGGACACCUCUACUAAGGGAGGCUGAAUUUACACCUACAGAGGAGCCCUACCUAAACAGGAUGGGGCUGAGGAGGAGGAUCACUGUGGACUGCAGGAAGGAAUGGAAAAUAAGGAGCCUGGACUUACUGGUCUGGUGUGCCCUGCAGACAGACAAGACCAGGGGUGGAUGGGGUGUAAGACCUGGGGAGGGCUCUCAGGUUCUUGGAGUAAGUAGGAAAGAUGUCUUGGCUCUCCCUGGGAUGGGGCAGGAGGCCUUAGGUGGGAAGUGGGAGACUCUGGUCUUUCCUCUUUGUCUUCUCUCCAAGCCCUGUCAGGGGCCCUUCUUUGGGGUUGGUGCCAUGUUUAAUGCUCUUCCUAGGCUGGAGGGGAGAGCGAACCCUUCCAAGAACGUUCUUUCUUGAGUCUCCUUCUAGGUUCGGCUACCCACUUCCCCUCCUCACACAGGGUCUUUCUUCUGGGGCACCUCCAUGGGAGACAAGUCACUUUUGAGCAUUGUACAAAGAUGAGAGUGACAUGCUUUGGAAGUUUAAGGGUGCUUGGGAGAAGCCCUCUGCCCGGGGCUCCCCGAUUGGGGGUCAUACCAGCUCCCCCCCUGCAGAGAGACAAGGGCAUGUCAGAGAAGCUGGGGUGCUUGAGCAGGAAGGGGAGCCCAGCUACUGGACGCCCUUUACACUGGGGCUUGACUGGAAGUUGGGUGACUCUCGAGGGUCCAGGACAAGAGGCCUGCGUGGUAGGGCAGUCUGGAAGGGUUUGGCGGGGCCAGGAGCAGCGCAAACACCCAAAACCGGGUGUGGAGGGCGCAGGGAUUGUGCCUAUGUGCCUCAGUUUCCCCAAGUGUAACAAGGGAGGGUGGGCUCAAUGACGUCACGCUGCCAUAUAACCCAGGACCCUAUGACAUCACUUCUGUGUCUGAGACUUGGAUGAAGCAUCCGCAAAGUGGGAGGGUACCUAACAGGGUAGCGAGCCGGACUUCCACCCAGCUUUCACCACACCCCACUCCGAGGAAGAGGCCAGGUUUCAUUGUAGCUGUCCAGCCGCCCCUUUGCGCCUGCGCCAGAGGCCGCGGGGCGAGGCCUUUCCAGACGUCCCCUCUCCCGUCCCUGCCCACUCCUUCCUCCAAACACACACCUGGCUCUAGCCGCCGGCAGGCAUAGUAACCCUUCCGGAGGCGGACUAGGCCUAAGAUCCACAUUCUCCGUCUCCUCCCAUCUGCUUCCGGGUGGCCCAAUUAUAACCUCUUCUAUAGCUAGGAGGCGGGGCGGAGGGGGAAGAGGGCGGGGCCUCUCGUGACCUCUUGCAAAGCUUUCCCUUCCUCUUGCUCUGCCACCCAGGACCCAAUGGCGGUCAAGGGACGGGAGGGUCUUAGAGGCGGAAGAGGCGGGGUUCCCUCCUCCUCCUCCUCUAGGCUAUCCAAUCUCAGCGUCGCUCGAGAUUGGAGGCGUGGUCUCUCGGUCUCUCUCCGUCUUAGCUGCUCUCAUUCCUCGCCUCCCACUUACGCAGUCGCAGCUCAGCGCUCGGCUCUCGGCGUUCGGCGCGGCCGCCUGGUCGGAGGCGGAGCCAGGACCGGCGCUUGUUUGCUUUUCCCUGACGGCGGUGGCGUCGGCGUCGGCCGGGCGCGCGGGCGUCGGGCGUCAAGGCAAGCAUGGCGGCCGGGGCGGCGGCAGCGGCGGCCGAGGUAGCAGCGGGUGUCGGGGCCAGACCCGGACCCGGGCCGGGGCUUGAGACCAGGACUCAGCCUGGGGCUCUGUUGGAGGUCGCGUCCCGAGCGCAGUUCGACGAGCUGCUGCGCCACCGGGCCAGGUCCCUGGUUGUCAUCCAUUUUUGGGCACCAUGGGCUCCCCAGUGCCUCCAGAUGAAUGACGUCAUGGUGGAAUUAGCUAAGGAGCACCCCCAAGUUGCAUUCGUGAAGUUGGAAGCUGAAGCCGUUCCUGAAGUGUCCGAGAAAUAUGAAAUCAGUUCUGUCCCAACCUUCCUGUUCUUUCAGAACGCCCAGAAAGUGGACCGGCUGGAUGGCGCCCACGCCCCUGAGCUGACCAGGAAGGUGGAGCGCCACGCUUCCAGCAGCGCCCUUCCCCGCGGCUCCAUGGACCACACGAGAGAGGACCUCAACCUGCGGCUGAAGAAGCUGACCAACGCCGCCCCCUGCAUGCUUUUCAUGAAGGGGUCCCCCCAGGAGCCCCGCUGCGGCUUCAGCAGGCAGAUGGUGGACAUCCUUAACAAGCAUAAUAUUCAGUUUAGCAGUUUUGAUAUCUUUUCGGAUGAAGAAGUACGUCAAGGACUCAAAGCCUACUCCAAUUGGCCCACUUAUCCUCAGUUAUAUGUAUCUGGAGAACUCAUAGGAGGACUCGAUAUCGUUAAGGAAUUGGAAGCUUCCAAAGAACUAGACACGAUUUGCCCCAAAGUUCCUAAGCUGGAGGAAAGGCUCAAAGUACUGACAAAUAAAGCUUCUGUGAUGCUGUUUAUGAAAGGAAACAAGCAGAUGGCAAAAUGUGGAUUCAGCAAGCAGAUUCUAGAAAUACUUAACAAUACGGGUGUGGACUUCGAGACGUUUGACAUAUUGGAGGACGAGGAAGUGCGGCAAGGGCUCAAAGCGUAUUCCAACUGGCCCACGUACCCCCAGCUGUACGUGAAGGGGGAGCUCGUCGGAGGCCUGGACAUCGUGAAGGAACUGAAAGAAAAUGGUGAAUUGUUGCCUAUCUUGAGAGGAGAAAGUUAAGGGGCUGCCACUGCCACUGGGUGCAGAAGUGCUGUGCAGGCGUUUCCUGAGCGUGGGACGAUGCCCGAGGGAGCCCUGGGGAGUGGAGAGCGGCCAGGGGCAUGUUGCUCGCCUCAUCACUGGGUCUGACCUCCUUCCUUCCCUCCCAAGGUCAAGCUGAAAGUUUCCCAUAACCCACCUCAGGAGGUUCCCUUCAACAUCUCAAAAGUCAAUUAAAAAUGGAUAUUAAAAA